CUAGCGGCCACUCUACUGUGUGACUAACUAAUACUGUAACUAGCUACAUGUUUUGAAACUAUUAUCUAACUGGGUCGGAGUUGAGAAACUAGUAGUACACCCAAUAAUUUCAAAGAAGCUAACGGUAGCUAGCUAAGGUAUAGAGAUAAGUAUUCAGUAAUAGUAAGUUAGCUACCGUACCAUACUCAGAAGAUAGCUAACGUUAGUUAGCUCGUGUUAAGAUAGCCAGAAACAAGACGAGGAAGCGCUAGCUAACAUAGCAUAGAUAGCUAACAAACAGCCUGGGUUUGAAUUAAAUGCUCCCCAGAAUAGCUGGUAUAUAGGCUAAUGAUAAAUUGCAAGCCAUUUAGUUACCUUUACCUAGGUGCGCUAAUAGCUAAUUCCUUGAUUAAAGUAAGUUAACUAGCUAAUUUCACUAACUAACUGAGCCAGGAAGGAAGAAAUUCACAGGUUAAUUAGGAAACAUGGACAAUACAUCAUCAAGUGGACCCAGUAAGGGUGGUUUCAGCAUAUUUGGUGGAGCAUCGCCUGAAUAUUCAAACACUGAAUUCGCUCCUCACGCAUUGACUGGGAUGAGCCCCGGCUCACCGUAUCUUAAGAUAUUUUACACAUUCCAGUGCUAAUAUCUUAUAAUAUUACCACAGGACCCUGAUGACUUAAUUUUACCGACUGAUGCCAACAAAGUCAGAGGCCGAUUUGAACUGGCUUUCUUCACCAUCGGAGGCUGUUCUAUUACUGGUGCUGCGGUUGGAGCUCAUAACGGGCUCUGCAUGGGACUGUCAGAGACCAAAGACAUGGCUUGCUCUAAGCCACGCAAUGUACAGCUCCUAAAUCUGGUGACCCACCAAGGAGCGACAUGGGCGAACACACUUGGUUCACUGGCUUGGUUGUACAGUGUGUUUGGGGUGGCCAUCGAGAAGGCACGGGGAGCAGAGGAUGACAUCAACACUGUUGCUGCUGGGACAAUGAAAGGCAUGCUGUACAAAUCCACAGGGGGUGUACGUGGACCAGCGCGAGGGGGCCUGGCUCUGUCAUCUCUCUAUAUAACAACUGGGACCACCUGAGGGGAAACCCUCCCACCCGCUACUGAUGGAACAUGGACCAGUCAAAACAUUUCCCCAAAUAUAUCUUGAUUCCUUUGUAGACAUAUCCUCCCUUUCCGUAAUAACUUGUUAUCUUGUACCUGAGUGGGUACCCGAGUUAGGGGCCUAAGUUUGCAUUAGUUUGACCUAAUUUAUGCUGUAAUGCACAUCAACGCUGCACAUUCUGAUGUGUAUCAAUUUGUUGCUGGUGUUAGGAUUCAUUGCUGUGAAUAUCUGAUCAACUGUCUAUGCACAGCUUUUCCCUGAAUUGCACUGUCUGUAAAUGUCACGUUGAAUCAGUAUUAUUGACUGAUUUGAAUGUUGUUGCAAAGAUUGAAUGCUGUCUUACUGAAGUGAAAGGUGGAGUUGCUUCCUAUGGAUGUCUACAUAAGUAUCUCAUUACACAACUUUGCAUGUGGUAAUUUGCAAAUGUUUGCGUUAUUAUUCCAAGAGAAUGUUACUGUUAAUUUUAUUACAAAGACAAGUCAGUUUGUUAAACUAAGGGAACAUAAUGUCCUGCUUUCUAUAAAAUGUAUGAUUUCCUUUAUCAGUAAUGUCUUACCAAGCCAUCUUGUGAUUUCACCUGACUUGCAAAGAUGUAAAAAGAGGCUAUCAAGUCAGUUCUGCUCAUCACUGUAAACAAAUCAAGAAGUAAUGAUUAUUUUGCUGUUUCAAAGGUUGCAGUCAUUGAGUUCAAUCAUAUUUGACACUGAUCUGUAUUUUGAAUUAGAUUGGUCCUCACAUUUGUUUACUUGUGACAGGUUUUGCUACAUGAAGUUUCUGCAGUUCCAGAAAAAAAAAAAAUGGUAACGGGGCAAAGAAGUUAACCCACUUGUCUCUACAGUCUUGGCACGGUUCUAUUGGUCGAAAACCCUUUAAAAAUAGAUCGAAGUCAGUUUGCAGAUUCUAUAUAGAACACUUGCAGCAGUUGUAGGGUAUUCAAGAAAUGUGAGCUAUGCACUUCUUGACUCAACCCAUUUCAGUGAGGGGGUGUCUGAGUAGAUAUAGGCCAUAGGUUGAGGCCGUCACAUGCACAGACAGGGAGAAACAAAGACGCCUGUGCAUUGAGUUCAGAGUAUGGUUGAUCUGUGGCCAAUCUCUGUCAUCGGUAAUCAUGGGAAGACUGGUGGAACUUGGUCUGACAUGGCUUAUCUAAUCCACAAUAGUUGGGUACACAACUCCAUUGUGACAGCAGCAAAUAUUGUCAUCAGCACAACAUUGGUUAAUGCUUCACUGUGCAUUUCUCCAGACCAACUGCCCAUGCUUACAACUUGGUUUGGGCAAUAAAAAGAAGUUCAAACACUUGAUUUACAAAAGAAGUCCAACAACAGAACUCAAGGUGUUG